UCAAACAGAUUGCAGCAGUCCAGAUCUAUAUUUGAAACGAGACAGUCAUGUUUCCCUUAACGGCCACCUAUUACGAUGCGAGGCAAAAACUCUGGUCCGGACCAGAGAAAAAGGAUUUGUAUAAUGAAAACAUGACACUGGGUGAAGCGACAUUUCGGGAAUUCUCCAAGAAUCCUCAAAAGAUCAUACAAAUCAAUGAUGCAACGAAUGAACAAAUGACGGCUCAAGAAUUUCUAGAUCAUGUAACGUGUUUGAGUAAAAAUUUAUUGAAAAUGGGGAUUAGGACAGGCGAUGUUGUGGGCAUGUAUGCUAACAAUGCUACACACACGGCCACGGUAAUGGUGGCCGCUUAUUUGUGUGGUGCCCCGGUAAAUGCUCUGUAUCCUGGUUUCGAUAAAGAUAAUGUGCAAUUGAUUUACGAUGUUACUAAGCCCAAGAUUAUCUUCUGUGAUGUAGAAAAUUAUGAAAUUACUGUUAAAGUUUGCCAGGAUUUAAAUUUGUCUGCUCCCAAAUUUCUAAUGAAUGGUGAAAUUAUGGGUGUGCCCAGCAUAUUGAGUUUGGUGAAAUUGGAGGACAGUCUUUUAAAUGAACCGUUUGAAUUUCCUUGCCUCAACUUAAAAGGCGAUGAUACGGCCAUCAUAUUGUGCUCAUCUGGUACCACCGGUACCCCCAAAGGUGUACUCUGUUCUCAUCGAGCACUGCUUAAUCAACAAAUUUAUCUUAAUUUGAAAUCCGAUUCAGUGGUGUGCACUUUUAGUACCAUGUAUUGGGCAUCUGGACUUUGGAAUUUGAAUGACGCAUUGAAAAACUGCUGCUUGCGCAUUGUUACCAGCAAACCGUUUACACCCGAUUACAUUUUGCAGCUGGUUGAACGUCAUAAGAUCACUCACAUGAUAACAAAUGGGGGUCAUAUGGCCGAAUUAAUAAUGACUGAGGAUGUGGCGAAAAUGCAAAAGGGCCUGGCCAGUAUUGAUGCACUUGUAGUGGGUGGCGCCAAGGUACCGCUAAUUGUUCAAGAACAAAUGAUUAGUGCUUUGCAAAUAAAUGAUAAACGUCCGGGAUUUGGUGUGGCCUAUGGCAUGUCUGAACUUUCGGGCAUGCUGUCAUUUAAUGGUGGUUAUGUUUGUGAGCGUAAGGUGGGUUCAGAGGGAAAAUUGACUGCCAACAAGAAAGUACGCAUCAUCAGUAAGAAAGGUAAAUUUUUGGGUCCCAAUGAACAUGGUGAAAUAAUUAUCUCAACGCCCUAUACCUGGUUUGGUUAUUAUCGCAAUGUCGAGGCCUACAAGAAGGCUUACAUUGACAAUUGGCUGCAUACGGGCGAUAUAGGAUUCUUCGACGAUGAGGGUUUCUUGCAUGUUUGUGCUCGUGACAAUGAUGUUUUCAAAGCGAGAAAUUUCCAAAUCUAUCCACAGCUUAUUGAAGAUGUUGUUAUACAAGUAGCCGGUGUAUUUGAGGCUUGUGUCUUUGGUAUACCCGAUUUAUUGAAUACACAUUUAAUUACCUGUGCGGUGGUGAGAAAACAGGACGACAUUGGAAACAAAUUAACAGAGGAUCAAAUUAUUUCACAUGUUCAGUCCAAAAUGGCCAGUAUGUAUCAUUUAUCGGGCGGAGUUUAUUUUGUGGAUGCCAUACCAAAAACUGGUUCGGGCAAAGUACAAAGAGGCAAAGUUUUAGAUGUAGUGCAGCCAAUGAGGAAGAAAUAAAUAUUUAAUUGUAGUUAUACUUAUUUUUAGAUUAAUAAAAAAUUAUAUACAUAAA